GAUUCCCAGACGCGCCCGCUCCGAUCCGGGCGUGCGACGGCGCUCGUCCCCGGGCGCCGCCGUCACGGCGGUGGAUCCAGCCGCGCCUUCGAUGAGGCGGCGGCUCGUCCUCGCCUCCUCAAGCGCAAGUCCUCCGGCGAGGUCCCCGUCGCCCCCCUUCGCCGAGUCAGGAAGUCGCCGCCGGCGUCACCGCGCAAGGAGCUGCCGGUUGCGCUCCACCAACCCAAGGUCGAAGCAGAGGUCCUGCUACCCUCACCCGAGGCCGGGUCCUCUGCAGGGGACGACGGCAACAACGUCAACGAGAGCUCUGAUGAAGCUUCACUUGCAGAGUUGGGCGUAAAAGUGUUCCCUCAUAUGCCACCACAAUCCGCGGCUAAUACUUGGAUCUGUUUUGUCAACAAUGCAAAGGCUUGCAUCAACCAUUACAACAUGAAGUGUCAGGCUAACUUUGUGUACAAGCAUGUACUUGACUGUGGGCUCCUCCUCCUUCUGGAGCUGGAUGGCAGCUAUUCCUACCACAUCAAUUUCCAUGCUCAGGACAAGAAGGACAAGAAAGGUCACUCCCAGCUCUUCUUUGGUGAGAUCAGGGUGAGGGUUGCGCCUAAGGAGGAGGAUGUCACUUGCUGCUGCCCCGUUUCGCCUUCCGAUGCCGGUGGGAAACGACUUGAAACGAUUGAGGAGGCAAUGAAAUAUAAAUUUCCAACUUGGGGAACAGCAGGAAUGGAUGAAGAAUUUUGCUACGGGUGUCAUUCAGCAAUGAACCACCCAAAGGGGGCAUGUUAUGUCGCCGGCCACGUCGCUGAUCCCCGACAUUACUUUGUGCCCGACAAAUGAUAUCUUGGGCUUGGGCAUGCAUUUUGAUUGAAAUGGAAUAGUCCGACAUUACCUGGAGCCUAGUCCCAUGCGAGCGCAGAAUGCAUACAAACUAUCCAAGGAUCAGUGGAGCUUUAUAUUAUUUAGUGCCAGGCUACCGUGGUUUAUUAACAGGGCUAGUAUCUAAAGAUCUGCCGAGCUUUAUAUUAUUUAGUGCCAGAAUUCUAAUAGGGGCAAUGUGUUUUAAUAAUAGGGCUACCGAGUAUAUAACUUAUCAUGUUAUUGCUCA